CGCGGCCCAGCCCUCCACCAGGCCUUGGCGGGUACAGAGACGGCAAGCUGCAGCUUCUAGCUUCCAUGCCUAUCCGCGGACACCACACAAUCGUGCGAGAAAAGCAAACGAGCUACGUAGGAUAUAACCCCCGUCCAGUCCGGCCAAUCCUACCACUCUCUCAUUCAACCCACCACCUUCCCCAGUAGCCCAACAUCCCCUCCGCCAUGGCCACAAGCCAGGAAAAGAGCAUCAGCCUCACCACCGCAGGCCCCAGACGGGCGGUGCUGCUGGUGACCUGUCCCGUGGACCAAAUGGCCAACGCGUUCCUGGCGUACUUCGGCGCUAAGAUCGAGCGGAAGACCCCUCCCAUCUCCGCGUGGAAGCCCGGAGCCUACCCCCGCGUCGCGGACAACCUGAGCUUCUCGAGGCACAUGGCCAUCUGCCUGGUCCCGAUGGAGGUCUGGGAGGACGACGACAUGUCCUUCCGGGACAAGCUCGAGGCCGGCAGGUUCUGGGACCACCGUGGGACACUGAGCGGCCUCAAACACUCGGGCAGCGGCAGGAACGGCAACGGCCUGAGCUGGGAGAGAAGACACGUCGAGUCGAUUGAGGCUGUCGAGCUGCUCGGCACGACCGACGAGUGGGACUUCACCAUCACGGGCCACUACAUCAUGGCUGGGUGUAUCGGCCCUGCUGGUGGAACUGUCAGGACUUCGCUACCCGACUGGCCUAUGUCAUCCAGCCAACUGCCGAUGUUGGCAGGCGCCUGCGGCGCAUGGUAUGCGAUCUCAAAGAGGAAAUCAUGGAGCGGGUGUUUAGGAAACGGGACGAGGUGCUGGGUUGGUAUGGCGGCCUCGGACUCUUGA